GCAUCGGAGGCGCCGCGCACAUUGCGCAGGUGAAGGAGCGUGUCUUUACCACCCGUUUCCCUGACCCUGGUGACCAUAGGCAGUGUAUGGGAUUCAGUUCUGUUUUUGGAAGAAACCAACGAUAUAGAGAGGGUGGACUGCGUCAAUGCACGGAUCACGGGCAGCCGCCGUUCAUUUUUCUUCUAGCUGCCGAGCCUGCUUCCUCCGCACUCCACGUUCCGUGGCCGUUCCUCUUCCGCAGCGGCGCAGCUUCCCGCCCCAUCGGCUUGCUGGAGCGUUGGUCCAGUCCAACGGCUCCUGGGCAACAGAAUGGACAAGAUGGCGGCGGCGCGCGGUCUUUAGGGCCCUUCUGAAGGCGACUUCCCGCACUGGACUGCGGGCGAUGUCGGACUCGGAGUCGGAGGAAGAAGGCGCCAACAGGCAGCUCAAGUUCGUGCUGUUGGGCGAUGGCGCCUCCGGCAAGACCUCUUUAGCUACUCGUUUUGUACACGAUACUUUUGGAAAGCAAUACAAGCAAACCAUAGGACUUGACUUCUUUUUGAAAAGAAUAACACUCCCAGGAAAUAUAAAUGUUACUCUUCAUGUAUGGGAUAUCGGAGGCCAAACAAUAGGAAGCAAGAUGCUAGACAAAUAUAUCUAUGGUGCACAGGCUGUCAUUUUGGUGUAUGAUGUUACGAACCAACAGAGCUUUGAAAACUUAGAAAAUUGGCAUAAUGUUGUAAAGAAGGUCAAUGAAGAGUCAGAAACUCAACCACGUGUGGCCCUUGUAGGCAAUAAAAAGUCCACAUUGCCACAGAACUCAGACAGUCAUGUUGCAAAAACGUAUGAGCAGAGAAGUUGUUCCAGUGUGAAGUGGCCAUCCUCAUCAUCCAGCAGAAACCAAGAGAUCUAUAAGUCCAAGACUAAAAUAAUAUGUCAAGAGACAUAGUGCUGAUCAACAUUAGCAAUGUAUUAACCAUCAUGCACAAGACAUGGCUGUCCUCAGUAGCUGGAAUUUUUGUCCAAAUUAUGAAAUUAGCAUUCUGGUAUCACAUUGCAAGCUUUGUCCUCUACAAAAUCUACUACUAGUGCUAAUCAUCAUAAUCAACAUAAUGGUGCAAAUGCAAAAGUGGCAGAGAUUGCAUUGCCACAUUACAAUAUAUUAGAACAUAGAAUAACAAGGUUGGAAGGGACAUUGGAGGUCUUCUAGUUCAGUUCCCUGCUCAAGCAGAUCCUAGAUCAGAGGUCCCCAACCUCCAGUCUGGAUUGGAAUCAGGCUGUGGCAUGCGAGCAACUGGGCUGCUCAGACAGGUGAAGCCCCAUCAGUGGGUUGCAGGCAGCACAUAAAACCACGCCUUCUCCGGUCUGCAGAAAAACCUUUCUCUAUGAAACCGGUCCCUGAUGCUCACAAGAUUGAGAACUGCUGCCCUAGACCAUUCUGGACAAAUGACUUCAAUUUCUUUUUUAAAAACAUGAGUUUGGAGCAGACAUACCUUCUGAAGACAAACCGUUCCACUGAUUAGCUGUUCUCACUGUCAAGAACUGGAUUAGAUCUCUCUGUGAUAAAUUUCCAACCAUUACUUCUUGCCCACCUGGUGCUUGGGAGAAUAGGUUGACCCCCUCCUCUCUGUCGCAGUUCCUUAAAUAUUGGAAGACUGCUAUCAAGUCCCCCCUAGUCCUUCUCUUUAUACUAGAUCAGGGGUCUGCAACCUUAAACACUCAGAGCCAUUUGGACCAAUUUCCCCCAGAAAAGAAAAAACCGGGAGCCACAAAACCUGGGUGGGUGUGGCCAACUCAAUGUCACUCACUUCCACCAGUCACAUGACCCCCCCCCCAGCCAUGUCUACCCAGCAGGUCAUUAGGGCAGAGAACCAGUUUUAAAAAACACUGGGAACCACAAAACCUUUUUGACAUCUCCCUCCCUCCCUCCCCCCCCUCUCUCCCUCUCUCUCUCCCUCUCUCUCCCCCUCUCUGUACCUCUCUCUCUCCCCGUCUCUAUUUGCUCUGGCUGCUUCUCCAUCCCCCACCGUCGCCCUUAUCUUCUUAGGCCAGGCGAGGAGUGACUGGGCAAGGGGGGGGGGCAGCCAGUGGUGGGAUCACUCAACAGGGAGCCACAGCGGAGGGCCCAAAGAGCCGCAGGUUUCUGAUGCCCGUACUAGAUGUACGCAGUUCAUUCAACCAUUUAGUUUUAUCCUCCAGUCCCCCUAAUCAUCUUUGCUGAUUUUUUCUGCACUCUUUCUAGAGUCUCAACAUCUUUUUUGUAUCAUGGUGACCAAAACUGGACACAGUAUUCCAAGUGUAGUAAGUAGUAUUCAAAAGGAGUACUAGGAGGACCGGGAGUUGAAGUAGCUGUGGAGAAGUAAUAAGUAAUAGUAUCUGAGUGUUCGCAUGCAUUGUCUAGGGAUCUGUGUUGUUGGUGUCUCUAAUGUUUUGAGCCCACCAAAUUGGCUAUAGUUAAAAGAACCUGUGACAAUCAUUAUCUAGUAGUCUAGAGUUAAUCUUAGUAACUUUCUUCACCUUUCCAUUUACUUUCUGCUUUCCAUUUACUUUCUGUUAUCUUUAAUGAGAGCAAGAUUGAAAUUAUGUUCCCCGCUGUUUAAAACCUAGUUGUUAACUACUACUAUGAAUUAAUAAAAUACUUUUGCAGCAUA